GAAACGUCGCAGAGAGAGAUACUAGAGAAAUGGCGGCGCCAGCACGACAGGGAGUGAGGGAAUGGCUCGAAGAGAACGGCAGGCUCACCAUAUGGGGCUAGACCACAGGCCGGCAACGCCCCAUGAUCGUAGAGUGAUCUCGUUUAGUCUCCCAUGACUCUUCAUUUCUAUCUGGUCUCACACCGUUCCCCAUCCUCUUCGCUUUAGAUAAUGUCAGCCGUAGCCUCCUCAUCUGCUACCAACAGCGAGCGCAACGUCCGUUUUGACGAUGAAUGCGUCCUUAUUCCCCAGUGUCCAUUCAGGAAACCAGGCCUGCUCGUCACCAAGUCAUAUAUUCUGCCCUGGUGGAAGCGUAAAGCUUCACCACAUAAUCGGGGCGACGGAACAAAAGAGAGCAACGAUAUCUCGUUGCCUGAUGAUAAAGAACACAUAACGCUCAGAAUCCCCUUACCAAGUUUCCUAACUAAGCCUUCCCGGUCACCUCAUUGCACACACACAGAACCUUUAUCCCCUUGCCUUGUGCAUCGAGAGCGACGAUCUGCGUCAACCAACUCAUCUCCCACUAUUCACCACACCAUACCCACUGCGCUCACUCGCACGGCUUCUCUUCCAAUGACUGAUCAUACCGGAAAACCCGUCGCCACUGUGCCACUGCGCGCGUGUUGUCCCAAUUGUUUUCACACUACAGAGCAGUCUUUACAGGAAGGUGACCAGUGGAAGGAAAAAUUCACACGCGGGGCCAGAAGACUGAGACGUGCGAGUGUCGAUUAUUCUACUUCCACAAGUGUGUCGUCUGCUUCUACAUCCUCAGACAUGGAUUUGAGCCUAGAGGCGGCGGAGGAGGCCUUGUUCCACCCACGGAGACAUUCCGUAUCGACAACGGAGAAGGCGUAUCAAUUGAAACGUGCCGCAGAGCCAGAUACACUGUCUGGUCUGAUAUCUAUUGUCUCAGUACCCACGAGCCCGCCUAUUGUCGAAGAAGACGAGGAGUUCCAGGCUGUCACAAGUUGCAGUCUAGCCCACAGGUGAUGGAGGCGCCACCUUCGUUGAUUAUAACUCAGACACCGCAGCGUCUGAGAGAAUGAACGAACGUUGUUGAUGGGGGCAGCAUGGCUGCUAGGAGAAAUCCCGUGGCUGGUCCGAUGUCUUAGCGUGCACAAUAGCAUGUAGCCCACAUUUGAGGUUAUUAUAUAUCCUGUUUCAGCAGCUGCCAGAAUGAUGCAAGUCAAUGGAUUGUAACUGUUCUACUUGCAGCCAAGAACCGUAGCCAGUAAUCUAUAUGCAUCAUUUCUUUGGUGCCCAGAGAUCAUACAACUCCUUGUCUGCGGGAUCGAAACAUGUCAAAAGCGCUGCGUCAGAG